AUGCCUGCAUGGCUUCAGGCACAGCAACUUCUUGAUGCUCAAUCUAUGCCGUCCGGAACAACGAAAGAAUCUGAACAGGAACUAUUCUUGCUUCAGCCCCACGCACCUGACGCACCUGAGCGUGAGCCUGGCUGUGAAGGUGAACCGACACUCGAUCCCGGCAACUGCUGCGCACUCCAUCCACUCCCCUACUCCGCUCCUAUUCUCAUCAUUCGUGUAUGCUUCUCCCUCGUAGAUGCAGCGGUAGCCCCUCUCCUUCCACGCCAGGGGACGUGGGCUGGUCCUGACGUAUGCGUCCACACCCCUCGCCAGCCUCCUACGGCCGACCUUCUCCCCCGAGCUCUAGUAAUGGCUGCUACCAUCCCUAUCCCGGCUAUGAGCAUGAUGAACUUCAUAGGCGUGACUUCCGCCUUCCAGCCAGGGAAACUGACCUCGUUCAUGGAUUUAAUGGACGACUCUUUGCUUGUCCUCCUCCUCCUCUGUCAAAUCCAAAUCCGGAGAUCGUCCAUGGACACCGAUUCCUCAUUUAACGAGGUGCUCAUCACGUUUACAGGUCUUGGUCCAGAUUAG